AUGUCCGACCAAGACGCCCUGACACCGCGUGUAAUCAUUUUUCGCCAUGGAGAGACGGAAUGGGCCAAGUCCGGCCGCUUCACGAGCUUUACAGAGAUUGAGCUGACCCAGGCGGGCGUUGCGCAGGUCUUCUCGGUGGCAGCGAGGCUCGUGGGUGCCGGCAGACUCCUCGACCCACGCCGCCUUGUGCAGGUGUUUGUCAGCCCAAGGGUGAGGGCUGUAAAGACCUUGGAGCUGUUGCUGUCGGCCUACCCCGAUGUCGUCGCAGGGAAGGUUACCUAUACUGAGGACAUCACGGAGUGGAGUUAUGGCGAUUAUGAAGGACGUAAAGACCAGGAGAUCAGACUUUUGAGGAAGAAGAGGGGUCUAGACCAGGAGAAGGAGUGGGAUAUCUGGUUAGAUGGGUGUGAGGGUGGAGAAUCAAGCCAGCAAGUUACCGAGCGGCUAGACAAGCUUAUCUCGCAGAUUAGAGAGAUGCAGAAGCCUUACAUGUGUGGAGAGAAACCCGCUGAUGUCCUUCUUGUUGCACAUGGCCUUAUCCUUCGUUGUUUUGUGAAGCGAUGGCUCGGUUUAUCAAUUGAUAGUCCUCUCCAGAUGAUAUUAGCCCCCGGGGCAAUGGCUAUUUUGAGCUACAAAAAGAAUAACAUCAACGAACCGGCCAUCCACAUUGGCCUAGCGCUUCCAUCCGAGGAGGAGAGUAAGUUCUAG